UGCAUUGUUGUUAACGCUUACUCAUCACACCAAAAACUCCCACCCCACCCACCGUUCCUCCCUUACUCCCUUCAUCACCGUUCACUCUCACUAUUUUCCAACCAUCGAGCGGCUAUAAAUAAGCCCACUCUCUACUCCCUCUAAUGGCAUCUUCCUCUCUCUCUGCGUCCACCUUCUCAUCCUCUGUGCGAAGACUGUGUAGACCGUACGCUCAGCUAAUCUCACCUCAGGUAGCAUUUAACCUCAAGAGAGUCGAUUACUCCACUGGAGUGAGACCCGGGGCUUCGGCUGUUCUCGCAACAGAAUCCAGGAGAUUUGAUUGCAGAACGAAGGCGUCGUUCAUGGCUGGGAUUACGACGGCGACGACCGCUGGAAAGAAGAAAGAAGUGGAGAUUUUUGAGUCGGAGGAGGCUCUGGCGGUGUCUCUGGCCAAAUAUACGGCUGAUCUAUCUGAAAAGUUUUGUAAAGAAAGAGGCUGUUUCACUGUCGUUUUGUCUGGUGGUUCUCUCAUCAAGUCUCUCAGGAAGCUAUUGGAACCUCCUUACAUUGAUUCGAUAGAAUGGUCGAAAUGGCAUGUUCUAUGGGUGGAUGAGAGAGUGGUCCCUAAGGAUCAUGUUGACAGUAACUACAAACUUGCAUAUGAUGGAUUUCUAGCUCAGGUGCCAAUUCUUCCUGGUAAUGUUUAUGCCAUAAAUGAUGCCCUAUCAGCUGAGGGUGCAGCCGAAGAUUAUGAAACCUGUAUUAAACAUUUGGUUAAUAUGAAGGUGGUAGAAGCAUCAUCAGCAAGGGGGUUUCCAAAGUUUGAUCUCAUGCUUUUGGGUAUGGGUCCAGAUGGACAUGUAGCUUCUCUUUUCCCUGGACAUCAGCUUUGUAAUGAAAAUGAGAAAUGGGUUACCUGCAUUAAGGACUCACCAAAACCACCUCCAGAGAGAAUUACCUUUACUUUCCCUGUGAUAAACUCGUCUGCAUAUAUUGCCCUUGUGGUGUGUGGUGCAGGUAAAGCUGAUGCAGUGCAAAGGGCAUUGGGAAAGGAUCAAAAUUCUGAUGUGCUGCCUGUUCAAAUGGUUUCACCUGAAGGGGAGUUGAAGUGGUUUUUGGACAAAGGCGCAGCUUCAAAGCUGUAGAAAGGAAAGCGACUCAACAUUUUGAGUUUGUCCAAAUAAUAACACUGAUACCAUUUGUGUGGUUUAUCAAUAGAUGUACUACUACUAUGUCUUGUAAUCAAGGAUUAGCAAGCUUUCCUCCCUGUGCAAACUGUGAACCCAAAAUAAAAGUGUUUUGAAUGAAAUGUAGUUUUCUGAUGGAA